AAGCAGUAAACAACAGACACAGAGCAGCCAUUGAUGAUCCAAUGGUACGGCGGCAGCCAUGCAUAUAUAUGUUCAACGAUGAAGACUGAAUGUGGUCUAUAAAUAGCGUGGCCUUGCAACUUUGGCACUUCACACAUCACUCCCAAUCAAAUUUCUCUAUUUUACAUCGUAUUUAUGGCAACAAAAGCAGAUCAGACAGUGCUGUCUUUACGUAGAACAGCAAAUUUCUCUCCUGCGAUAUGGGGUCCUCAAUACUUUGCUUCCAUUUCCUUUGAUGAAUCGCUAUUUGCUUUGUACACCAAACAAGUGGAAGAUUUGAAAGCCCAUGUUGAACAUAUGUUCACCGAUUCAACAUUCAACAUAGUGGAGAAAGUCAAACUCAUCGACUCGUUAUGCCGUCUCGGUAUAUCAUACCAUCUUGAGAGUGAGAUUGAAAAUCAACUGAAUCAAAAUUUUGAUUCCUUGCUUAACCUAGUUGAAAAUGAUGUCUAUGACCUAAACACGAUCGCAAUUUUGUUUCGAGUAUUUCGACAACAUGGUUAUAAAAUGCCUUGCGAUGUGUUUAACAAAUUCAAGGAUACUGAUGGCAAUUUUAAGGAGAGCGUAGUUAAUGAUAUCCAUAGCAUGCUAAGCUUGUAUGAAGCUGCACAUUUGAAUAUGAAUGGAGAAGCUUGUAUUUUAGAUGAAUCGCUCGCUUGCGCAAGUGCUCACCUCAAAUCUAUGGAAAACCAAUGUGAAUCUAAUCUUGCAAAGCAGAUAACUUAUGCUUUGCAACAACCCCUUCACAAGGGCAUACCAAGAAUCGAAUCGAGACAGUUCAUCUCUUUUUAUGAACAAGACGAGUCUCACAAUGAAAUGUUGCUCAAGUUGGCUAAAUUAGAUUUUAACCGAGUACAAUUGUUGCACCAACAAGAGCUUAGCCAUCUUUCAAGGUGGUAUGAUAAGUUGGACAUUCCUUCAAAUUUUCCUUAUGCAAGAGAGAGAAUUGCAGAAACUCACAUUUGGUCUGUUGGGACUUAUUUUGAGCCUCAAUACUCUGAUGCUCGAAUAAUUCUCACAAAAGUUAUAACAAUGAUAUCGAUUCUAGAUGACACAUAUGAUCUAUAUGGUACCAUUGAAGAGCUCCGACUACUAACACCUGCAAUACAGAGGUGGAACAUAGAUGCCAUUGAUCAGCUACCCGAAUAUAUGAAAUUUCUAUAUAAUGUUCUUUGGAAUGUUUAUCAUGAAUUUGAGAAUCAAUUGGAAAGUGAAGGGAGAUCCUAUCUUGUCUCUUAUGCAAGAGAUGCGAUGAAAGAAUUGUCGAGGGGCUACCAUGUUGAGGCGGAGUGGUUCCAUGCAGGAAUUGUGCCAACAUUUGAUGAAUACUUGAAGAACGGAUUAAUCACAAGCAGUUAUCGAACAAUCAUGUCUGCUUCUUUUCUAGGAAUGGGAGAAAUUGCAGGAAUGGAUGAUUUCGAAUGGUUGAAGAGUAGUCCAAAGAUUGUUACAGCUUCAAUGGCAAUCGGCCGUCUCAUGAACGACCUAGUGUCGCACAAGGAUGAACAAAAAAGGGGAGAUGCUGCAUCAGGAGUUGAGGCAUAUAUGAAGCAACAUGGGACGUCUGAGAGUGAAGCAAUCAAGUAUAUGGAGCAGAAGGUGGCGGAUGCAUGGAAAGAUAUCAAUGAAGGAUUUAUGAGACGACCAAAUAACAUGUCCAUGCAGCUUCUCAUGCGAGGGGUCAACAUUGCACGUGCGACUCAUUUCUUUUACAAGGUUGACGAUGCCUACACAAAUCCAACUGCUUCAAACCACCACGUCAAGGCCUUGUUCAUUGACCAGAUUACAAUCCCAGAAUAGAAGUCAUUAAGGAACUUUGAUUUUUUUAAGUUGGGCUUGUGAUUGAAAAAUAAGUGCUUGGAAUGCUUCGAUUUUAAGUUGGAUUUUUGAUCAAGUAGGUGAGUGAGAUGCGUAUAUAGUGUAAUGAAUAAGAUGCACUAUAGUCUAUGUAUAUAUGUACCUUCUGUUCAUGCUUGCAUUAUUUUGAAUAUUUUACAAUACAGUUUUAAUAAUUUAUUGCU